UUCCUGCCAGGCUCCCUGAGGGACGCGGAAGGGGCGGGCGGAGGCCAGGGGUGGAGCCGUCUGCGCGCCGUCCGCGCUCCGCCAGUCGUGGGCCCCGUCGCCGGGCCACCAGCCCCCGCGCAGAGGACGGAGCGGGACCCCGGGUCGGCCCCAGGGUCCCCCCGUGGGAUUGGGGUGAGCACGUCGGGGGACACCCAGCAUGCAGGAAGGCAGGGGCUGCGGAACAUGCCUCCAGCCUCCAGUGUUGCUGCCCGCGGCUGCACCCACCUGUGCCCAUGGCCUGCACGGGCCCGUCGCUCUCCGGCGCCUUCGACAUUCUAGGUGCCGCAGGCCAGGACAAGCUCUUGUACCUUAAGCACAAGCUGAAGACGGUCCACCAGGGCUGCCGAGGGGCGGACCUCCUGUACGCCAUGGUGCUUCUGAAGCUGGGCCAGGAGACGGAGGCCAGGAUCUCCCUGGAAGCGCUGAGGGCGGACGCAGUGGCCCGGCUCGUGGCCCGCCGCUGGGCCGGCGUGGACAGCGCCGAGGCCCCGGAGGAGCCCCCAGACUUGUCCUGGGCCAUUGCCCGGGUGUACCACCUGCUCGCCGAGGAGAAGCUGUGCCCAGCCCCUAUGCGGGACCUGGCCUACCAGACAGCCCUCCACACGUUCAGCUCCAGGGACGACCACCGGCUGGCCGAGCUCCAGGGAGAGGCCCGGGACCGGUGCGGCUGGGGCGUCAUCCGGGCCCCCGGGAGCUUCCAGCCCCUUCGCUCCGAUCGGGGCUGCCUCCCGCCAUGCUCGGUGUCCCCCUCGGGCACCCGCAGCCUGCCCAAGCCCAUCGAGGGCCUUUCGGGCUGGAGCAGAGGCUGUUCUCUGAGAUCCACCAGCAGCCCCGCCUCCCUCGCCAGCAACCUGGAAAUCAGCCAGUCACCCACCAUGCCUCUUCUCAGCCAGCACCGCGGCUGUCGUGCGCCCAGCAAGCUGUGUGAGGAGCCCCGGGCAGGCCCCGGGCCCGAACCUGCCCCCACAGGCUGCCAGGAGCCUGAGGAAGUGAGCUGGCCACCAUCCGAGGAGGCUGUCAACCCUUCACCUGGGGACACAGCCGGCCCUCCAUCGGGGGUGACUGCCGGGCCCCUGCUCGGGGAGACCGCUGGCCCCUCAUCGGAGGGCCCCUCUUUGGAGGGCCCCUCAUCCGGAGAGACUGCCGGCCCCCAGAUGCCACCAGACAGCCCGGGCCCUAGACUUCCUGAGGUGGUCCCAGAUGCAAGCCCCACUGGCCAGCCCGACGCCCCCAAAGCUCUGGAAAGCGGCACCCGCUACCCGGUGGAGUGCAGCCAGGCGCUGGCAGCCCCCGCAUCUCUCCCCUUGCCCCCCAAAACCACUUGCCCUGACAAGGACCAGACCCCCCUCUCACUCCCUGUAGAAGAUACCGCUUCCCAGAGGACCCCCCCAUGCCCCCCCACCCCCUCGGCCCCGAGGACCUCCGCGCCCCGCCCUUCUCCAUCCAUCCCUCCUUCCGCUUGCCCCGCCGCCUGGAAUCCGUGCCCCCCGCCCCCCGAGUUGGAGCCAGAGCAGAAAUUCUACAACUUUGUGAUCCUGCACGCGGGGGCAGACGAGGACAUUGCCCUGCGGGUCCGAGAGAGGCUGGAGAGCCUGGGCGUCCCCGAUGGCGCCACCUUCUGCGAGGAUUUCCAGGUGCCCGGGCGCGGCCACCUGCGCUGCCUGCAGGACGCCAUCGACCACUCAGCCUUCACCCUCCUGCUGCUGACCCCCAACUUCGACUGCCACCUGGGCCUGCACCAGGCGGGCCAGUCCCUGAUGAACAGCCUCACGCGGCACGAGUGCCAGGACUGCGUGAUCCCCUUCCUGCCCCUGGAGAGCUCGCGGGAGCAGCUCAGCCCGCACACCUGCAGCCUGCUCACCAGCCUGGUGUGGCUGGACGAGCGCUCCCAUAUCUUCGCCAAGAAGGUGGCCAACACCUUCAAGCCGCAGAGGCUGCGAGCCCGCAGGGCCCACUGGAGGAAGGAGCAGGACGUCCGCGCCCUGCAGGAGCAGCACCAACAGCUGGAGGGCGAGCGGCAGCGCGUCUCGGCGCUGAACGCCGCCUACUCGGCCUAUUUCCAGAGCCACUCGGCCUGGCAGGCGCAGAUGGAGACGCUCCGGGUGGCCUUCGGGAGCCACAUGCCCUUUGGGACUCCGGGGCCCCUGGGAGCGCCCCCGCCCUUUCCCUCCUGGCCGGGCCACCAGCCGCCGGCGCCCGCGCCCCCGUGGCUGGCCGGCGCCCCGGCACCCGCGCCCGCCUUCCCGCAGCCCCCGGCGCCCCCUCAGAGCCCGGGGCUGCAGCCCCUCAUCAUCCACCACGCGCAGAUGGUGCAGCUGGGCCUCAACAACCACAUGUGGAACCAGAGAGGGACCCGGGCGCCCGAGGACAAGACGCAAGGCGCGGAGUGACCGGUGACCCCGGCCUUGGGGACGCCCGCACCGUGCCCGGGGCGGGAGGAGGAGCGCGACGUCGUCUGCAACCCUCAGGACAUCGCGGGGGAGACCUUCGUCUCUCAGGAAAUCGUGCAAAAUGGGCCGCGGCGACUUUCUGGCGCGCGGGGGGGGGGGGGGGGGCGCGGAGUUGGUGGUGGCAUUUGCGGAUU